AUGGCUGCCUCUGCUCCUCCUUCUGAUCGAAAACCCUCAGCUCGUUAUUCAUUUGGUGCUGCUGCUGCAGCACCUGCAGCAGCAGCAGCACCAGCAGCAGCAGCAGCAGAGCCUGCUACUCCAGCACCUGCAGCUGCAGUAGCAGCAGAGCCUGCUGCUGCAGCUGCAGCACCUGCAGCAGACCCUCCUGCUGCAGCAGCGCCUACUGCUGCAGAAGCAGAAUCUCUUGCUGCUGGUACAGCUGCUGCUGCAUCAUCUCCUCGUGCUGCUGCUGCUGCUGCAGCAGCACCAGCAGCAGCAGCAGCAGCACCUGCAGCAGGAAUAGGUAUAUUAGGAAGGAGCGGUGUGUCCUUUGAGAGCACCCCGCAGUGUAUAUCUGCAGAUGCAGAGGAUAAAGUAGAUAAAGAUAAAGAAGUAGAUAAAGAUAAAGAAGAAGAUAAAGAUAAAGAAAGAGAGAGAGAUGCUGCUGCUGCUGCUGCUGCAUUUCGUGUGUCUUCAUGCAACUCUCUUUCUCGCAACAGAAUGACAACAAGAAUUCGUUCUUUAAGAGAUUACUUCCGAAAGAGAGGCAGCAGCGGUAGGAGCAGCAGCAGCAGCCAAGCAGCAGCAGCAGGAGGAGGAGCAGCAGGAGGAGGAGGAGCAGCAGCAGCAGACGAUGAAGCAAAUGAAGAUGAAGACGAAGCUAACGGCAGGACGCCUAUGCAUGUGCAUGAUUAG